AUGCCUUAUUCGACUACUUUCGUCUUGAGUGCUGUCUUUGCCAUCGCCUUCGUCGUUAUAUUGCGCUUGAAGAGGAGGAAUCCGUUAGGUCUGCCCUAUCCUCCAGGUCCUAGACUCCUUCCAUUUGUUGGAAACGCUUUUGAUAUCAAUCCUACUGAACCUUACCUCACCUAUGCCGACUGGGGUAGACAAUAUGGCGGUAUCGUUUAUUCGAGUCUUCUUGGUCAAGAUUUCAUCAUCAUCAACUCUGAAAAAGUGGCAAGAGAGCUCGUGGAUCAACGUUCAACGAACUAUUCCGACCGACCAAUAAUUGCUACUAACAAACUGUUCGGCAUGGAUUUUAAUACAGGUCUCCUCCCAUAUGGCGAUGAAUGGAGACUGCAUCGAAAGCUGUUUCACCGAUCUUUUCGAUCGGAGGCUGCUGCAACAUAUCAUGAGCUACACUUACGCAAAGCUCACCAACUCGUCUUGGAUUUACUAAAUGAACCUUUUGAAGUCGAAAGACAUGUCAAAAUAUUUUCCGCCUCUGUCAUCCUUGCAGCUACAUAUGGCUACGAAGUCAAACCGCACAAUGAUCCUGUAGUUGUAGCUCUAGAAGAGCUUGUAGAUAUACUCGCACAAGUCAUGUCUCCGGAACAAGCAGCGCUACUCACUGCGUUUCCUUUUCUUGAACAUUUUCCUGCAUGGUUCCCUGGUGCAAGUUUCAAACGGAGUGCUCCACAUUGCCAGGACUUGGUGGUUCAGGUCAAGGACGUACCUUUUGAUUUCACUAAAAAGAACGUUGUUGACGGGACGGCUGCGACAUCGAUGGUUUCCUUUUUAUUAAGCCAAGGCGGUGGUGACGAAUCCAGUGGUCAUGAGCAAUCCAUAAGGGACGCUGCGGCUACUGUCUUCAUCGCUGGUUUUGAGACCACUUUUUCCACAUUGCAUACAUUCGUUCUUGCCAUGCUGCUUCACCCUGAGGUUCAGGCGCGCGCUCAAGCAGAAAUAGAUUCCGUUACAGGUGGAACAAGAUUUCCUGAGUUCGAAGAUAGAACAUUCUUGCCAUAUGUCGAUGCCGUUUUCCGGGAGACGAUGAGAUGGCAUGUAGUUGCGCCCUUGAGUCUUCCACACGCGACUACGGAGAGCGAUACCUACAAUGGAUAUUUCAUACCGAAAGGCGCGAUCGUUGUUACCAACAUCUGGGCGAUGAGCCAAGAUGAAAAUCGCUAUGAAGACCCUAAGCUCUUCCUUCCCGAAAGGCAUCUUACAAAGGACGGGAAGCUUGUUGACGAGCCUAUAACUGGGACACCUCCGUUUGGGUUUGGUAGGCGAAUAUGUCCAGGCCGAUUCGUCGCCGAAGAUUCCGUGUGGGUAGCCAUAGUAUCUGUAUUGGCCGCUCUUCGAAUCGCGAACGCAAGGGACUCAGAGGGAAGGGAAAUUCCAGCCACCGAGAGCUUCACGACUGGAGUUGCUGUGUAA